AUGUCACAGAGCGACACUGUGAAGCUGAUCAGUGCGGACGGUUUCGAGUUCAUCAUCAGCAGGGAAGCGGCCUAUGUGAGCAACACCAUCAAGAGCAUGCUGGACGAGCAAGGAGGAUUCAUGGAAUCCGAGACCAACCAAAUCACGUUCCCUGGCAUCUCCGGUGCGGUCCUGGAGAGGCUCUGCCAGUACUGCUACUACAAAGUCAAGUACCUGCACACACCCAGCACGGCCAUCCCAGAGUUCAAGGUGCACCGUGACAUGGCGCUGGACCUGCUGAUGGCUGCCAACUACCUCGACAUGUGA